UAACCUUCAUUAUUGUGUGAAAGAUCCAUCACAUUCUGUCUGAUCUCUAAAUUCUUUAGGUUAGUUUCAAGAUAAAGUUGUAUCCAUGACGGUACUAGUUCCCUGGAACGACAUUAUAUGCUUCCUCGUAGUUGUCAGCUCUAUUUUUCUUUCUAUAUGGAUGCUCCUGCGCCAUGAAGAGAAUGACGGUACAAGAAAAUGUUCAACAAAAUACGAGAGCUUAUUGAUUCCUCAACCUGACAAAGACAAUGGAAAUGUCAUCACUUCAGAGUGGACUCAACCGAAUCAUGUAGUAUCCAAUCAGUUGUGGACAAGUUGUUGGAGAAAUCUGAACCCUGUAUGGCUUCUGGUUACACGGUUUCUAUCCUUCGUUAUUAUGGCUCGUGUUCUGGCUUGGGACAUCCAGGUGCACGGAAAAACAGUGUUUCUGUACUACACUAAGUGGACCUUUGCAUUAGUUGUCUUCUAUUUCGCGCUUGGCACAAUAGCAUCGGCACAAGGAUGUUUGGUGAACUCGAGGAAACCUGUCAACCAAAACAAUGGAAAAAAUAGUUCGGUAAAAACGAGUAUGGCAGAGAGUAGUAAUAAAUCCAAAACAACCAUAAAUUUUUCGGCAAACAAAGUCAGAGCUACUGUCAAAGUGCAGAGCUAUCAUGAGCAGGACAGCAUCAAGGAAAUAGCUGGCUUUUGGGGAUAUCUGAUGCAAACAGUCUAUCAGACUUGUGCCGGAGCUGUGAUCCUUACAGAUACCAUCUUUUGGUUUCUUAUAGUCCCAUCUCUCGCUGUUGCAGGAGUCGAAAUGAACCUGUUAAUGGGAUGCAUGCAUUCUCUUAACGCGGUGUUUCUUCUCAUUGACACCGCUCUCAAUAGCCUUCCCUUCCCGUGGUUUCGGUUUGCAUAUUUCUUACUAUUCAAUUGUACGUAUGGCGUUUUCUUAUGGGUUCUUCACGCAUGUGGUGGUUCAUGGUGGCCUUAUCCAUUCCUAGAUCUAUCAACUCCAUGGGCACCUCUAUGGUACUUCUGCCUGGCCCUAAUUUACUUCCCUUGCUACGGAUUGUAUGCUCUGAUCGUAAAACUAAAGAAUGGAGCAUUCUCGAAGUGGUUCCCUCAUGAGUUUGUGAGCAUACCAUAGCGACUUCCUUGCUGUUCAUGGCUUGAUAUGCGUUUGUGAGCAUAUCAUAUAUGUAGGACAACUGCACACUGAUAUUAGCACUUCCAGAGUAACUUCAAACACAUCUUCACAUUCAUUGAGGAUAAGAAGAAAGACCAAGAGGACGAGGAGGAAGAUAAAAUUUUAGCUCCACCAAUAAGGACGGAUUCUACUUGUAUUGCGAACUUUAAGUUCUUCAUUGACUUUCCUUUAAUGUUGAUGCGAGAAUGACUGCAUGUAAAUCUUUUAGUGAUUGAGAAUAUCGAAGGAUAUAUGCAUAU